AUGGCCAUUAGUGACUGUGACAGAGCUAUUAAACUCAAUCCCAGUUCAGCACAAGACUAUAAAUUCCAAGGAAAAGCCCUCCAGUUUUUGGGGUGUUUAAAAGAGGCUGCCUGUAGCAUUUCCUUGGCUUGUAAAUUAGAUUCUGAGGCUCAGGCAAAGUUUGAGAGGGAGGAAGAAUCCACUGAAGAGCUGGGGAGGGAUGAGAGUGAGUUGGAGGCAGACAAUGAAGGGGAGAUUGAGCCAGAAGAGGAUGAACCCCCACAGAUGGGAGAUGAGAAUUUGGAAGUAACCAGCAAUGUGAUGAAGCAGGCUGAUGAAAAGAAAAAGGUGGCUUUUGAUGCAGUGGGAAGAGGUGAAUUUCAAAAAGCUGUUCAGCUCUUCACUGAUGCCAUCAAACUGAACCCACAGCUUAGUACUUUUUAUAUCAACCGAGCCAGUGUCUUUGUAUGGUUGCAAAAGCCAAAUGCCAUCAGAGAUUGUGACAAAGCCAUAAAAAUUUAUCUGAAUUCUACACAGCCGUACAAGUGGAGAGGGAAAGCUUUUCGGCUCCUGGGUCACUGGCAGCAGGCUGCCAAGGACCUUGCACUGGCCUGCCAGCUGGAAUAUGAUGAAGAUACCAAUAAUAUGUUGAAGGAAGUUCACAGAAGAGUCCAGAAAAUUGCCAGGCACCAAAAAAAGUAUGAGGAGAAACAAAACACAAAGCAAUCAUUGGAUGCAUUGCCAAGGGUGGGGAAAUUCAUGGCAGAAGAGGAGCGGGAUCAGCUUCCAACUUCUCAAGAAAAGGAAAAAGCGCAGCUUCAGAAGGACCAGCAGCAUGGACAGGUUCACCUUUGGACUUCCCAGGAACCUGAUAAUGACUGUUGUAGGGAAUCUGAAGAGCAAAAGCAACAUCUACUAGAAGAGAGUGAGUAUUACAUGGAAGCUGAGGGGCAGGAAAAGCUCAGUGGAGAAUCAAAGACUGAGAACAGUGAAGUCAAUACUGAAAAUGAAGGAUUGGCUGGAGAGGCUGAAGAAGAUCUUCAGAAAAUAGGAGAUGACAACCUGAAGAUAACUAACAAGAUGAUGAAACAGGCCAUUGGAAAGGAAAAGGAAGCCUUUCAUGCACUGGGAGCAGAUAUGGAAAGAGUUAAGAAAGCAGCCCUGGAGGAACAAGACAGCUCUCAGGAGAAAGACAAAUCUUGGGAAGAGGCCAUGAAGAAAGAACAAGUGAAGCAGAUGUUAGCUGAACAGGAGAACACACCGCAGCAGGUGACAGAGCAACAGGAGAAGGAGAAAGCCCCAUGGAAAGUUCUGGAGCAACAAGAGAAUGGACAGAAGUUGUUGGAAGAAGAGAGAAACCAGUUGAAGACUCUUCAGGAACUGGAGAAAUCUCAACAGCAGGCUUUGAUAGGCUUGAUAAAAAAACAGAAGGAAGCCAAGGAAAAACGUGAGAGAUCUCAGAAGAAACCCUUGGAAGAAAAAGAGGGAGUUGAAAAAGUCCUGGAGGAACUAGCAAGAGCUCAGAAAAAGGCCCUGGAAGAAUUGGAGAUGAUUCAGAAAAAUGUUCUGGAGGAACUGGAGAAAGCUCAUAGAAAGGCCCUACAAGAGCAAGAAAGAUCUCAGAGGGCUGCAUUAGAAGAACAGAAGAGAGCUCAGCAGGCUCUAGAGGAACUGCAGCUAUCACCAAGAAAAGCUGUGGAGGAGCAGGAGAGAGCUCGGAUAAGGGCUGUAAGAGAACAAGAUAGAGCACAGGAAAUACUGAAAGAACUUGCAAAAACACAGUAA